CAGAAGUAUCCGAAUGGCUUAAUAAAAUAAUUAAUGUAACUGUGAUGAAUCAAUUAUUAUCUAUCACCGGCCGAAAUAGAAGAUAAUUUUGCAUAUUAUACAUCGGUGUUUAGGAAAAAUGGGGAUCGCUGUAACGAAAUAUUCAGACAUAUCGACCAAUGAGUUAGUGGCCAGAUUCUGUUCUAAUGAAAUAAUAUGCCCCAAUGACCCGUUUUGGAAUCAACUUCUCGCAUUCAAUAUACAGAUACCGAGUAAUGCUGAAGAGCAACUGAUGUUAGAUUCUUGUGCAGAAUCUUUACUACAGAAAUUCUUACAAAACAAUCCACUGACGGGAAAUUUGGGUUCACUAGUUCAAGUUUUUAUAACACGAGCGACAGAACUCUUAGCUGCACCAAAUUCGGACAAUGUAAUGUUAGCAUGGCAAAGUUACAACGCUCUGUUCGUGAUACGUGCGGUUACCAAGUAUUUGGUGGAGCUGGUGCCUGAGUAUGAACUAUGCAAACAUUUGGACGUCCAAGGGAGGACAUUGAAUUCCCCAACUCCACAAGAACAUUCGCCGUCAUCAUCCCCAACACAAGAGACCAGCUCGCCGGACCUGCAGACAAUGAAAUCGGUGAAUGGGGAGAGUCGAGUUGAGAUGCUCAUUGAUGCCCUGAUUGGACUGAUCAUUGACAUACCGAUCACCGACAACACGUACUACCUCCACCUGGAGUGCUUGAACACGCUGCUGGUGCUGAUGUCGGUGUACAUGUUCGCCGGCGUGCACGGGCAGGCGCAGCUCGUCGAGACGUCCUUGAUAUUCAGAACACUUUUCCAGGGCAGAUACAGUAUGCACGCACCUUUACUAGUGAAGACUCUGCUUACUAAUCUUUCUGUGAUGAUGCCGGCCCCCCCACAGUUCGGGGCCCAAGGGCCCGGCAGCUUGUUGAUCAAUAUCGCUUCCAGCUUAUGGAGUAUGCUAACAUUCAGCCCGACCGCUCGCCAGACGAUAUACACGAACCCCCCCGCGGACAGGCACGAGCUGCUGGACCGGCUGAAGAAGGAGCACCCGGUGGCGAACCAGUCGUGUCUGCUGCUGCUGGCGCUCGCCAACCACUGCAUCCACGAGGACAACUUGUAUAGAGCCGCCCUCUUGCAGUGUGAAGAUUCGACCGACACAUCGUCGACCACACCACACCGGGACACAAAUGGUAGCAUCACUCAACUGACUCCACCCCGGAUAGAUUUGGCUGCUCUCCACAAAGCUCUGUGCGCGACGGCGGGCUGCGAGCACUCCACUCUGCUGCUGUACCUGAUGCUGCACUCGUGUAAGGCUUACAAGCGACACGUCAGCAACGGACCUAAUAUUGAGAAUUUGUUACUUCCGAUCCUGCAAGUGCUGUACAACGCCCCGGACAGCACGUCCCACCACAUCUACAUGUCGCUGAUAGUACUCCUGAUACUGACCGAGGACGACGCUUUGAUUAAAAACGUGCAUCUAAUCACGCUGAGGAACAUCCCGUGGUACACGGAGCGCUCCGUGUCGGAGCUGUCGCUGGGCGGGCUGGCCGUGCUGGUGGUGCUGCGCGCGCUGCAGUACAACAUGGCGCGCGUGCGCGACAAGUACCUGCACACCAACUGCCUCGCCGCCGUCGCCAACAUGAGCUGUGAGUUUAGGAAUCUACACCCGUACGUCGCGCAACGUCUCGUGUCAUUGUUUGAAACGCUAACGAAACGGAGAGCGAGACUUUGUAGCGAAAUCGAAGGGGGUGAUAUAAAUAGCAUAGAUUUACCGCAUCACGCAGAAGAGAAGACAGAGGAAAUUAUGGAACACAUAGCAGUCCUCGAUGAAGUUCUAAGGAUGCUUCUGGAAAUUAUUAACUCGUGUCUCACGCAUCAGCUCUCGAAUAAUCUGAACUUGGUGUACGCGCUGCUCCACAAACGGCAGCUGUUCCAGCAGCACGCUCAUCAUCACAUCGCGCAGAACAUUGAAAUGGUGAUCGGUUAUUUCUCGACUCGACUGCAGAGGGUGCAAGAGGGCGCUGGCAGUGACCUCGGAGUGACAGAAGUUCUACAAUGCAUUAAGAAGGGAGCUGAGCAGUGGUCCAGUGAUAGGCUUAAGAAAUUCCCCGACCUGAAGUUCCGCUACGUGGAGGAGGACCGGCCGGAGGAGUUCUUCACGCCGUACGUGUGGGCGCUGGUGGCGGCGUGCGGCGGCGUGUACUGGGCCAGCGAGCGCGCCGACCUGCUCGCGUGAUGGCGGCCCGUCCGGCUGCAGAGAACCACCGCCACCCUUCGGCUCUAUCUCCGUUAAAUAUAUUCUUAUCCUAGUUCGUAUUGAACUUAAUAUCGAUAUAAUCUCGUAAUAUCGAUACCUCCUUUGGUUUGUUUACCCGUAAUAGAUUUAUUAAGUUUAUUAUGGCAUAGACAAAGUUGAUUUUUUAAUUAUCAUUAAUGGUGUAAGCUUCGUGCAUCAGAGGCGUCAUAUAUGAAUGUCAUGAGAUAUUAUAUAAUAUGUAAACACAGUCACAUACGUCUCUCCCGAAAGGAAAUGUAUAAAUAAUUCAAUUUAAAAUGAAAUAAAUAUAUUUAUUUACUAAACCUUAUUCAUUAUACUUAGUACUAAAAAAAUAUUUUUUUUAAAUGACAUAAAAAUAUCUGGAAAAAUUAUGCUUAUUUAUGGCGGCUACUCCAGGGCCUUCGCUGUUUGUUGUUAAAAAAACAGAAAAUAACUUACAUUUCAUGUGAGUCACAAAUAUCAUUCAACUUAUGGUAACAACUUUGUUGAAGCAGGAAAUCUUGGCAAUUCCUGAACAGGUUGAGUUUAUUAAUUCUAUUUGGGUAAUUUUUAUUUCCAACGAGACUUAUAUAGUAAUUUUUAAAAAUAAAAAAUAAAUACAAGUUUAGUUUUUGUUUCCAAAUUGAAAUUAGACAAAAAUUACAUCUAGAAUAUUUUUUUUGCAAAUGUUAUUUUGAAUGCUUUUUAGUAAAUAACUACGGUCUAUUUCAAUAGCACCAGUAUUAAAGUUAAUCAACGCAUUUUUUAAAUAAUAUAUAAUUUUAACAUAUAUUAUAGCAGAAAAUAGUUUGAUAAAGUUCCUUUAUUUUAAUUUUAAUUAAAUUUAUAUGCACUAUACAUGUCAUGGCAAUGUAUUUUGUACAUAUAUACACAAGCUAUGGAGGGCACAGCGAAGUACUACUGGGAGGAGAGGAACUUCAUCGUCGUUAAUAUAUGACAUGCAAAUAAUAUACUCACAUGCAUCUUUUGUAGCGAUUAUUUGUACCGACAAUUAAGAAAUUCGAGACAUAAAUGAUUAAAUUUUAUUUAUAUAAUAAUAAAUAAUACGCUAAUAUAUUAC